AUGCCUGAACCGGCCAAAUCAGCUCCAGCCCCUAAAAAGGGGUCAAAGAAAGCCAUUAAUAAGGCACAAAAGAAGGACGGCAAGAAGCGCAAGCGCAGUCGCAAGGAGAGCUACUCGGUGUACGUGUACAAGGUGCUAAAGCAGGUCCAUCCGGACACUGGUAUUUCUUCUAAGGCUAUGGGCAUCAUGAAUUCCUUCGUCAACGACAUUUUUGAGCGCAUUGCGGGUGAAGCUUCUCGUCUGGCCCAUUACAACAAGCGUUCGACCAUCACUUCCAGGGAGAUCCAGACUGCCGUCCGCCUGCUGCUGCCCGGCGAAUUGGCCAAGCACGCCGUGUCGGAGGGCACCAAGGCCGUCACCAAGUACACCAGCUCCAAAUGAAUACCAAGCUGUAGAAGUGUCGUCGGUUUCUCCCUA